CUAGAAGAUUUGAAUUGAUAUUUAUACAAUUACAAACACAUCCAUGGAGUCUAAAUACACGAAAAUAUAAUAAAAAUUAACGUAUUUCUUAAAGAAAACUAACAAUGCCGAUAAAUAUAAGCUGUAAAUGUUCAAAUUCUUUAUUUUUGUCUACUACGUUGUAAAUACAUCGACAAACUUCGCAGUUUGCGUCAAAUAUUUGCCGCCUCUAUUGAAAAUAUAACCUCAGAUACAAAAAGAUAGAUUUUCAUAGAGAUUGAUAAGUUUUUUAGCUGAAAAAAUGAAUGCAAACUGCAUAAUUUGUUCGGAUUUGUUUCAACCAAGAUCAGAGAUUUAUGCUACAUCAUGUGGACAUUUAUUUCAUUUCUUCUGCUUGAUUCAAUGGAUUGAAAGGUCCAAAACAUGUCCGCAAUGUCGCCAUAAAGAAACAGAGCGGAGUAUUCACAAAGUGUAUUUCAAUAUUCUAGCAACGGAAAAUGUCCCUGAAGAUAUUGUUACACUCCAAGCAAAGGUUGAUAAUGAAAACUUUCAACUGAAGAUUAAUGAGAAGAAGUUGAAGAACUUGAAAGAGGAUUAUACAAAGAAUAAAAUCAAUAGUAAAACUUUAGGUGAUCUUGCAAUUAUAUUACAAGAAAAAAAGCAAGCCAACAUUCAAUCAAUGAGAGAAUUAAAGGAACAACUUCAUUAUUAUAGAGAAAAAAUUAAAGAUAAAGAAAAAUAUGCACAGGAAGUCAUCAGAUUGAGGACACAAAUAGACAACAUGCACAAUUUAAAAAUGGUUAUUGAUGGAUCUGAAGAAGAAGUCAAAGAUAUUCUCAGGACUUGUAGGGAUCCUCAAACUUUACGCAUAUUUGUUUCAAUUUUGCAAAAGGAACUUAUUGAAGGAGAUCGAAAAAUGCACAAGUUAAGUGCACAACUUAGACUAAACAAAAGUGAUUUGCAGCAGAAAAAAGCAGAGGAAUAUGUAUUAAAGAAGAAGUAUGAAGACUUGAAAAAAUCCCAAGAGGAACAUAAAAAAUGCCCACAGAAAAUAGCAGCUUUAAAAGAACAACUCGCGAGUCUCCUGGAAAAUAACACAGAAGUAAAUCCAAAUGAUUCAAUUAAUCGCGCAGUUUUUGAAAGCCCAGCGCCGCUGCGGCCGAAUUUUAAUGAAGCUUGUGUUGAUCUUACCGCUUUGGACUCACCAACAGUGACUGAACGUGUAGCACAAAUAAAAGCAUCAGAUUCGCCAUACUUGGCUGUAAAACCAAUGGUAGGCAACCAAUUUGGCCAUUUACUGCAAGCUAAGUUCAAAAUACCGAAAAAAGGCGCAUCGGCAGCUUCAACGAAUGACACCGCUGAGAAAUAUUCAAUCUACAGUAAGAAACUUGCAGUUGCACCCAGUAAAGGUGAGUAUAGUUACAACGGGCUGGGUGGACACAGUAAACAAGAUUUAUUCCCACAACCCAAAGCUAGUUCUAGUAGUAAUAACUCUUCCAUGAAGAGGAAUAAAAUCGUAUCAAAUUCAAAGUUUAAAAAUUUAAAUCCUAAUGCUGUUUCUGCUUUUCAUCUAUUGUCAAAGAAAUAGUGUGGAGAUUCUGAUUGUGUUUUCCUAUAUUAAUUUUUAUUUUACAAAAGAAUUUGCCUAUAUCAUAUUGUUUACACUAUAAUAAAGCGUAGCUCUUGCUACUUCUUAUCUUUA